CUCACCUCCCUCUUCGUGCAGACGGCGCUGCGGGGCUGGGCCGUGCGGGUGCUGGACGUCUCCUUCCCCUCGCUGCACCAGCCCCUGCUCACCUCCUCGCACAACCAGUGGAAAGCCGACCGGCGCGCCCAGGCCAGCCGCCGCCGGCUCUUCCAGGACUUCGGCAUCCAGCGGGUGGUGCUGGAGGACGGGCAGUGGCAGGGGUGCACCAAGGAGACGCCGCGCUGCUUCGGCACCGUGCACGACGACACGCCCGAGUACCUCUACCAGGACCGCUGGACCCCGCCCUGCUGCCUCCGGGCCCUCCGCGAGACGCGCGUGGUCGGCGUCCUGGAGGCGGCGGGCGUGCGGUACUGGCUGGAAGGCGGGACGCUGCUGGGGGCCGCCCGGCACCGGGACAUCAUCCCCUGGGACUACGACGUGGACCUGGGCAUCUACCUGGAGGACGUCCCCAACUGCGAGCUGCUGCGCAGCGCCGAGUCGGGCUCCGUCGUGGACGAGAAGGGCUUCGUGUGGGAGAAGGCCGUCGAGGGCGACUUCUACCGGGUGCAGUACAGCGAGCACAACCACCUCCACGUCGACCUCUGGCCCUUCUACCCCAAGAACGGCGUGAUGACCAAGGACACGUGGAUGGACCACCGGCAGGACGUCGAGUUCCCCGAGCACUUCCUCAAGCCCCUGGUGCCCCUGCCCUUCGCCGGCUUCACGGCCAUGGCGCCCAACGACCACCGCGGCUUCCUGGAGCUGAAGUUCGGGGCAGGCGUCAUCGAGAACCCCGAGUAUCCCAACCCCGCACGGAAGAGGCUGGACAAGGGGGCUCUCUGAACGCCAGGCCCACGCCUUCGAGAGAGACCGCCCUGGCCAGGGGUGCCGGGAGACGUACCACGGGCCGCCAGCACCAGGGAAGUCCAGCCUCUGCCGUGGUGCUGAGGACGGGCUGCACGACGGGGCAGGUGACCUGGACCGCCACCACCACCUCCCUCGGGUUUGCAGUCAAACAGCUCAGACGUGUCGCGUCCUGGCCGGGGCGCGGGUUUGUCGCCCGCUUGGGCAUGCACAGUGGGGCAGCUCUGGGGCAAAACACCCCAGGGUCGUAGGGAUGAAGCCCUUGUGCCCGAGACUGGGGCCAGGCGGCUGCCGGGGCUCCGUCCGGUCCACCCUGCCAGGCAGAGAGAGGCCCGAGACGGCCCGGUGCGUCCCGUCUGCCACCGCUUGCGGCAUCGGCUGGCGCCAGAACAGCUCACGGGAGCGCGGCGGCACGCGGACGCCUGCCCGGGGCUCUGGCCCGCGCAGCGGAGGGGAAAGUGCGGUGCUUCCCCGCUCGUCACGCGCCCGCUGAUGAGAUUUGUGCCUUGUUUCUGGAAGGCAGGAUGUAGGGGGCAAAAAGGGUCUGUUGGCCGCCGUUCAAGCGCAGCGUCUCCGUGCUUCUCUUCCUCCCUGCGUCUUUGCCAGCCAGGGACCCCGCCCCCCCCAUUUUGGAGGGCUGAUUUUUUGGGGUGGCACGCAAGGAAACGUGGUCAUUAUACCGGUGCCGAGUGGCUGGAGGUUUGUUGGCCCUUGGCUCGAACCUGGUUGGAGCAAGGGGAAGGGGGGAGUUUACCACGCUGAAGCGGAGGUCUGCCCCAAGCAGGGGGAGGCCCCAGGCCCAUGGCGCCCAGGCCAGGGGCAGCGAGCUCGGGGAAUGGGGGCUCUUGGCAAUGCCGCCUCAGAGCUGCAUGGGGGAGACGCGAGCCCCACGCCUGUUACCUGGGCCGAUGUGCCCUGGGGGGAGGUCAGAGUAGGGGACAGCUUGGCCACCCCGUGCCCAGUGGACCCACCUCCCCCUUCCCAGCUGAGUCUGUCUCAGAGCCAGGACGUGCCGCCUCCUCUGCAGCCUGUUUUCCCUGCUGCAGCUGCAGCCCAUUGCUCCUAGUCCCGUCCCCUGUGGCCACAGACAAAAGUCUGUCCCCAUCCUCUCUGCCAUUGCCCCAAGACUGGGAUCAAAUCCCCCUUGGGUCUCUCCGCCCCUCGCGUCGCUCUCCGCCAGACCCUUCCAACCUCCUCCUGGAAGCGCAGGCCCGGCCUGCACCCGGGGCUCCCCGCUGCCGGACAGAGCAGGACAAUCGCUGCCCUUGCUUUGCAAGCGAUGCUCCUUCAGACAGCCCAGGAGGCUGCUGGCUUUUUCUUGCACCCUGUACGGUCAUCUGAUCCAACCCCCAAAUGAAGCCAGCUGCCAUGGGAUUCGAACCCGCACCCGCAAAGCCCUCCCCCGACUUCCUCGUGCUCCCAGACGCUUGCUCCAAGGGUGGAGCCGUUCCCCUGCGAGCUCUGGGGUGCGGGGUGGAGACGAAUAAAGGCCGGUCCCUUGUGGGCCCCUUCCUCUUCGUUAAGGUUCGGGCUUUUUUCUCUGCAGUCGGAGCAACUGGGGCCGUGGGAGUGAACUGGGCUGGUGCGCCUAGCGGCACGAGCACCCUGGCUGGAGGGGAUCGUCCCUCUGCUUCUCUCUCUACAGAUGGGGGGGUUGCCUUUCUUUCUGGGGGUUCAUGGCUUCUGCCUGGGGCUCGCAUGUGCACCAAGCCCCC